AUGGAGGAAGAUGGCUUUGUUCUCGUGGCCAACAAAGGCGAGGAAUGUUGUUCGCUGAUGAACCCGACUCCUGAACAGCACCAAGAAGGUCCCGCAGGCUACUUGUCUGAGAUCGGCACCUUCAUCGACAGUUUGGCGGAGGCACUAUGGCCCCUGAACCGGUUCAUACACGACAACCCCGAGAUCGCGUUCCAGGAGUACAAGGCGCACCAAGCCCUGACAGACUUUAUGCGAUCGAGACAAGAGACAUGGAAAGUCACGCCGUCGGCUUAUGGCAUGGAGACGGCCUGGGUGGCGGUCUACGAUAGCGGGAAGCCGGGGCCCGCCGUCUCGUUCAACGUCGAGAUGGACGCGCUUCCCGGGCUUGGCCACGCAUGCGGCCACAACCUCAUCGCCACGGCCUCGGUGGCUGCCGGCCUGGCAACGGCGGCACUGAUGCGCCGCCACCGCCUCCCCGGCAAGGUCCUCCUCUUCGGCACGCCCGGCGAAGAAGGGUACCGCGGCGGCAAGAUCCGCCUCCUCGAGCAGGGCGCCUACGCCGGCGUCGACAUCUCGCUCAUCUCGCACCCGGGCAUCCUGCACAACAGCGCGCUGGUGCGCACAACCGCCUUCGCCCGCCUCGAAGUCACAUACUUCGGGCGCGCCGCCCACGCGGCCAAGAACCCGUGGGAGGGCAUCAACGCGCUGGACGCGCUCGUGGUCGCCUACACCGCCGUGGCCGCGCUGCGCCAGCAGACCAUGCCCGGCGACGUGAUCGGCCUCGCCAUCACCGACGGCGGCGGCGACGCCACCAACGCCAUCCACGCCCGCGCCGCGUGCGUCUGCGCGCUGCGCGCCGCCAGCGCCGCCCGCCUCGAGCAGCUGGUCGCCCGCGUCCGCGGCUGCUUCCGCGGCGGCGCCGAGGCGACCGGCGCGCGCGUCGAGAUCAUCCUCACGCCGGGAUACAAGGACCACGUGCCGAACCGCGUGCUCGCGGCCAGCUACGCCCGCUGCUGGAACCAGCUCCCCGACGUGCCGGACCCGCCCAUGCCGUCGCCGCCCACCUGUGGUGCGGCCGAGCCGCAGUUUGCGAGGAUCGCGUCGAGCACCGACCAGGGCGACGUCAGCUAUGCCGUGCCCAGCGUGAACGCGAGCUUUGCCAUCCCGCCCGGCCCGCGCGGGGGCCAGCCGCACAGCGCAGACUUUGCGAUCGCGUCGGGGACCAGGGAGGCCUUUGAACGGGCUCUGCGGGUGGGCAAGGCGCUGGCGGGUACGGCGGUGGACGUGCUGACGAAGGAGGGGUUGCUGGAGGAGGUGAAGGCGCAGUGGAAACGGGACAUGGAAGAUGCGAAGAACCCGUCACCAUCUUGA